GAAAAGUUAGCUUGAAAGUGUUCCUCUUCAUUCUCUUGAAUAUCUUUGAUUAUUUUACGCGCUCCCUCCACACAUAACCACACCGACGACAAUGGCGCCAACCACUCCCGAAGAGGAACCCAAGAAACGCGGUCGCGGCAGACCCCCCAAAGCCGAUGGUCAAAAGAAGGCCGCUUACGUUCCCACGGGACGCCCUCGUGGCCGUCCCAAAGGUAGCGGAGGCGUGAAAAAGGCUGUCGCCCCCAAGCCCAGCGCCGGCACCGGCAGAGGACGCGGCCGACCCAGAAAGAGCGACGUCGCCGAUGCGACUGCCUCGACUGUUACGCCCAAGAAGAGUACGCCUGCCAAAUCCACCGGUCGCCCCCGCGGUCGCCCUCGCAAAUCAGACGCGUCCACCGCCGCGCCUACGCCCACUACAGCGUCAGCCAAGAAGAGCAAGGGGAGGAAGAGCGAUGUCUCGACGAAGGAGUCCUCUCCCUCUGAUUCCUCAUCCGCCUCUGAAGAGGAAGACCUGGCCUUGAAAGAUGUCGCGAAGUCGCCCUCUGACGCCGCCGACUCCACCGAAGAGGUUCGUCGCUGGUUUCCCGCGAAAGUGAUGCGAGGAUUGUUCGGCUGACCGCGAUUCCCUUCUUAUCAACAGUAAACGCGACAAACGAAAGAAGGAAAUAUUUGCUACUACAUCAUGUGUGAUGGGUGGGGUCUUGGUAUUCGGGCAUGACGGAUAUUUCGUUGAAAACACAAAAGGUUUACUACAUGAAAGCGCUGGGGUCUCGCUUCCGCAACGGCUCAUUAAAAGAUGUUGGCGUCGGCGACGAUCAUGUCGUCCAAGAUCCAGCCAGC